AUGGAAGUGGUGGAAGCGGUGGAAGCGGUGGACGUGGUGGAUCAGGAUGAGUACCGAGCGGGACUCUACUUAUCGGAGCGUUAUCUUUACGCUGGCGCCAAAUCACGGCAUUUUACGGUGAACGGUCUGAGCGCCAAUAACACGCUUCAGCAACAGCAACAAUACAACCUGCAACCAUCGAACGACACUCGCAACAUCUACAACAAUCCCUAUAUACCACCCCAACAGCAACAGCAACAACAGCAACAGCAACAACAGCAGCAGCAGACCCAACAGCAACGCACUGCUCACCUGUUCAAGGCCCUGGCCGCCUCUACUGCCGGCGGAAGUAAUAGUCUAAGCCAUCCCUACGACUUCUCCAACUCAUCCUCGUCGUCGAACGCCAAUAAUGAGCACCAAGGAUCAUCGUCUUCGGAGGCAGAGAACGCUUUUCUAACUCAUAAUAACGGUGAGUUCAACCGAUAAAUACGAUACGUUCGAUUGG